AUGCGAAUCGAUGCGAAUUUACCAUUCGGAGCGAAGCCAAAAUGUCUGAUGAAACGGAUCACGAUCGAGAUCAGUAUGUGGAAUGCGCAAGGCUACGAUUGUAGAUCGAUUGGUGAUCCUUCGAUGUUCGAUGUUCCUUAUGACUCGUCGACUGGGUCAGAAUUGUGGGCGUCUAUAGGUCCAACGGGUUUCCUUAUCAAUCUAGCAUCUAGCCGACCUGCCAAAAGGAAUCCAGCAGAUUCUACGGCGAUUUUACAGAUAGGCUUCGGUCAGCAACAGAGACUAGACGGCAGUGGCCCCCGGAGGGACGGCGGAGCAUGUUGCGGACUUUCAUUUGCGCCCGGUUUCGGAGUCAAUGUUUCGGACAGCGAUUCCGAGCGUGAUGCAUGA